CUAGGCUUAUCUCAGGUCGUGUGGUAGGCUAUUAGAUAAGUAGGUGUUAGCAAAUGAAAGCUCAAACUGUUGUUUCUAUUGUAACUUGUGUGAUUUAACAAAUUGUAGGAACACUAUCUUAACUGAAUUGUAAUCUCAGGCUUGAUUAAUUUCCUUUUGAACUGGUUCUUUUUUCAUCUGAUAGUGAAACAAAACAAAUUGAAGUUGGGACUUCUCCACUUAUUUAAAUGUGGUAUUCUCUGACUUCUUGGCAAUCAAUCAUGAGAAAGUUUAGCAUGUGAGGCUGCAAAUUCGUUUGAACUUCACUCUAAUCAAAAUGUAUUUACUGCAUGUAGAGGGGCACUAAAACAAUAUGAUAUCUGGCUUUAGGUGUGGAUAUGCCAUGUUACUUUACAAGCAAACAGUGCUUUCAUGUGCCUUGAAACUGGAUAUUACUCUCCAUCGCUUUGAGCUGUCGUAGUGAUAAACCAAACCAAUCUGGAGUGGUUCAAACCUCUAAUGGUUUCCUCACACUUGUUCUACUUGAACCGCUGUAUAUCUUAUGAAGAGCUACAGCCUACGGGAAUCCGCAUAUAUUCAAGUCGCUCUCCAAAAUGUGGAUAGCUUUUGCACACCGUGGCAUUCAAAUCACCUACGCAUGCAAGAUGCUAACCUUUGCUAUCCAGAGGUUAGAAUAUCUGCACUUCACUUAUGUUUGGUGGGCAAAUAGUAACAGCCUCCACAGCUAUAUAUAUGCAUCCAAGGUUCAACUUCUCUAUAUCCGUCUCCUACAAGUUAUAUGUGCAUUGUGAAGCUUGCUCUUACCUGUACGAACUUCACUUUGCCACUUUUUCACUCGUUCAUUCAUAUAAAUGGAUUAUUCUAAUUUGAGGCGACAAGCUGCAUCUUUGAAAAAGGGCCUCUUUGAUCAGGGCCACCUUGAUGAGCAAUUUCGUCAGGUGGAGGACUUGCAGGAUGAAGCUAGCCCUAAUUUUGUGGAAGAAGUUGUGGUGGUGUUCUUUAAAGAUUCUGGCAGGCUAAUAUCAAACCUUGAGCAAGCUCUGGAGAAGUACCCCAGAGAUUUCAACAGGUGGGAUGCAUACAUGCAGCAACUGAAAGGCAGCUGUUCCAGCAUCGGUGCUUCUAGGAUGAAGAAUGAAUGCAUGUCAUUCAGGGAUAAUUGUGGGCAACGAAAUGUUGAAGGUUGCAUGGGGUCUCUCCAGAAACUGAAGAGGGAGCAUGCCAUCCUGAGGCAGAAACUAGAAUCCUAUUUCCAGCUGCUGCGACAAGCUGGUCCUGCUGGAGCAGCCACUAGACCUGCCAUGUAAAUACUGGAGAGCUUUUGGCGUUCGCAAAGCGCACUAAUUAUGGAGCAAGUACUCCGGAAAUACUGAUCCCAGCCUCUGCAUCAUAUCUUGCUGGUCCUGUUGGGAGUAGGCGCAACUCUGCGGCUGCUACAGCGAAUCAAUAAUACUGGAUAUGAUAUUUCCACUUAGAUAUGAUGAUACUCGUUUAUAAAAAGAAAUAAGGAGAGAUGAGAGGCCUUCCAAGUAAAUACGAGAGUGAAAGAUGGAAUCGGAUUUGCUUGUUUCUAAUAAAGAUGCUGUUUAUUGAGCUAUUUGCUCUCCGCAAAC